AUGACAUCUUAGCUAGAUGAGAAUCUUCUGGUUGGAAGUACUUUGUCUGACUUUGGAAUGACAGCAAAGGAAUUAUCGUAAAAGAUAUAUCGAAUAUUAAAGCAACUUGUUUGUUCCAGACAAUGUGAGAGAUGGAUCAAGUUUGGUAUAGUUGGGAAGACAUGGAAAGAUAGAUGGGUUGAUGAAGAAGUUGAGGACAGAUCCAAAGGUAUAUCAGAAAAUAUAUAUAUAUAGAAAGGGUUAGAUAGCAGUAAUAUCAAUGAUAUGGAAUUGAGAGUCAAGAAGUAAGAUAUGUAUAUUUAACUAUAGUUUUGGUGACAACAAGCCUGAAAUAAAAGAACCAAAGACGCUUUUGGAAUAUGUAAGAUUAUGAGUUGAUUUAUCAGAUCCUUGAAAACUUCGAAGAUCCAAUGCUUAGAAUACUGUGUUUGGCUGCAGCUGUAAACUUGAUUAUAGGUGUAUGGACAGAAGGAUGGAAAGAAGUAUUGAUUAAUAAGAUUUGAUUAGGGAUGGAUGGAUGGAAUGGCAAUUUUCAUAGCAGUUAUUAUAAUCGUAUCAGUUACAGCAGGAAAUAAUUAUGUGAAAGACUAGUAAUUCAGAAAAUUGAAUGCAAUAGCAGAAAAUAGAAAUGUGAAUGUAAAAAGAGGGGGUAAAAUAGUGAGCACUAAUAUAUAUGAAUUGGUUGUUGGAGACAUUAUGAUUGUUGAUACAGGUGAGAAGUUGCCUGUUGAUGGAGUUGUUAUAGAAUCAAGUGAAUUAACAGCAGAUGAGUCUUCAGUUACAGGAGAAACAAAUCCGAUCAAAAAGAAUGUUCCACACUAAUAUGAAUAGCAAGAGAAAAGUAAUCCAUUUUUGAUAAGUGGUUCAUCAAUCAUUGAAGGUACCGGCGAAAUUCUCAUCUUGGCAGUUGGAGAGAAUUCAUAAUGGGGAAUUUCUAAAAAAUUAAUGACUCAAUAAGCUAAAGAUGAUAAAACACCUUUGUAAGAGAAAUUGGGUAUUUUGGCUGAUUAAAUUGGUGAAUAUGGGUUAAAAGCAGCCGUAACUACAUUUAUUGCAAUGACACUUCAUUUACUCUAUGAUGCAGUGUUUAAUGAAUAUCCCUUGUUCUCUGCUCAUGCCGUAAAAGAAAUACUCAAUUUCUUCAUUGUCUCAGUUACAAUUAUUGUAGUUGCUGUCCCUGAAGGAUUACCAUUGGCUGUUACAAUAGCUUUGGCAUAUUCUGUUGGUAAAAUGAAGGAUGAAAAAAAUCUCGUUAGAUUUUUAUCUGCAUGUGAAACAAUGGGAGGAGCAAACAAUAUUUGCAGUGAUAAAACUGGUACCUUGACUGAAAAUAAAAUGACUGUCACCAAUUUAUACAUUGAAGAUACUGAUUUUAGUAAGUUAGAUCCUAAAGCCAUUAAAAAUUCAACUUUAGAAUUACUAUGUGAAGGCAUCUGUUUGAAUUCUAUGGCACAUCCACAAAUAGAUGAAUCUGGUAAAUUUGAGCAUAUUGGUAAUAAAACUGAAUGUGCAUUAUUGGAAAUGAGUUACAAAUUUGGAUAUGAUUUCAGAUAGAUUAGAUAAAAUAUGGGAGAAAAGAUCAAAAAGAAGUUCCCUUUCAGUUCAGAGAAAAAGAAGAUGACAAUCAUUUUAGAUCCAAAAGGAGACAGAACUUAAUUCAAAAUUUAUACUAAAGGUGCUCCAGACAUGCUUUUAGAUAAAUGUUCACAUUACAUAAAUGCCGAAGGAAGAGCUGUUGUGUAUUUAUAAUUUCUAAUUUUUUUAGGAUUACCAAUGAUUAUAAACAAAAAAUUAAUAGUGUUAUUAAGAAUUAUGCAUCCUAAUCAUUAAGAUCAAUCUUAUUGUUGUAUAGAGAAACCAUGAUCUAAGGAAGACCAUCAAAACCAGAAGAAUUUAACAAUGUGGAAGAUAUGAUUGACAAAUCUUAUACAAUCAUUGGAGUGACUGGCUUAUAAGAUCCAUUGAAAGAGGGAAUCAUCAAAGCAGUCUAAUAAUGUAAGGAAGCAGGAGUUACUGUAAGAAUGGUUACAGGUGAUAAUUUUGAUACUGCAGUUGCCAUUUCCAAGAAAGCAGGAAUCUUACCACCAAAUUAUGAGCAUCAUGAUGAUUCACUUGCUGUAAUGGAAGGAAAGACCUUCAGAUAAAUGGUUGAAGGAUUGGAGUAUGAGAAAGAUGAACAAGGAAAUGAAAUACCAAAAGUGAAGAAUUUAUAGAAUUUCACUACAAUUGCUUAAGAAUUAAGAGUCUUAGCCAGAUCUUCUCCAGAAGACAAGUUUUUAUUGGUCACUGGUCUGAAAUAACUUGAGAAUGUUGUAGCAGUAACAGGAGAUGGUACAAAUGAUGCACCAGCAUUAAAAAAGGCAGAUGUAGGUUUUGCUAUGGGAAUCUAAGGAACUGAAGUUGCUAAGGAAGCAGCAGGUAUUAUCCUUCUAGAUGACAAUUUUGCUUCAAUUGUAACAGCCAUGAAAUGGGGUAGAAAUAUCUUCGAUUGCAUCAGAAAGUUCCUUGUAUUUUAAGUAACUGUCAAUGUGGUUGCAGUAUCUAUGGCAUUCUUGGGAGGAGUCUUCUUAAAGGAGUCUCCCUUAACAAGUAUUCAAAUGUUGUGGGUUAAUCUUAUUAUGGAUACAUUGGCAUCUUUGGCAUUGGCCACUGAACCUCCCACUGAUGAAUUAUUGACACGUAAACCAUAUGGAAGAAAAGAACACAUGAUCACACCAGGAAUGUGGAGGAGUAUCAUAUGUCAAGCAGCAUUUUAACUCUUUGUUCUUUUGAUCGUUUUAUUCAGUGGAGACUCCAUUUUUGGUAUUGAAUCUAGUAGAGGACAUAGAUUGGAUGAAGAAUAUAAGUAUCUAUAAAACAUUAUCUUAUUUUAGCCCUGUCUAUCAAGAACAUUAUACUAUCUUCUUCCAUAUUUUUGUGUUCUUGUAAGUCUUCAAUGAAAUCAAUGCUAGAAAAUUGAAAAAGACUGAAUUGAAUGUAUUUGAUGGGUUCUUUAACAACUAUCUUUUCAUAUGCGUUAUUGUUGGAACUAUUAUUGUUCAAAUUCUUAUUGUGUAAAUUUUCAGCUUAUAAUCUCAUUAGUUAAUUUGGUGGAAAAGCAAUCAAAGUCACUCCCCUUGAUUUUGCCCAUCAUGUCGCUUGNGCAUCCUAAUCAUUAAGAUCAAUCUUAUUGUUGUAUAGAGAAACCAUGAUCUAAGGAAGACCAUCAAAACCAGAAGAAUUUAACAAUGUGGAAGAUAUGAUUGACAAAUCUUAUACAAUCAUUGGAGUGACUGGCUUAUAAGAUCCAUUGAAAGAGGGAAUCAUCAAAGCAGUCUAAUAAUGUAAGGAAGCAGGAGUUACUGUAAGAAUGGUUACAGGUGAUAAUUUUGAUACUGCAGUUGCCAUUUCCAAGAAAGCAGGAAUCUUACCACCAAAUUAUGAGCAUCAUGAUGAUUCACUUGCUGUAAUGGAAGGAAAGACCUUCAGAUAAAUGGUUGAAGGAUUGGAGUAUGAGAAAGAUGAACAAGGAAAUGAAAUACCAAAAGUGAAGAAUUUAUAGAAUUUCACUACAAUUGCUUAAGAAUUAAGAGUCUUAGCCAGAUCUUCUCCAGAAGACAAGUUUUUAUUGGUCACUGGUCUGAAAUAACUUGAGAAUGUUGUAGCAGUAACAGGAGAUGGUACAAAUGAUGCACCAGCAUUAAAAAAGGCAGAUGUAGGUUUUGCUAUGGGAAUCUAAGGAACUGAAGUUGCUAAGGAAGCAGCAGGUAUUAUCCUUCUAGAUGACAAUUUUGCUUCAAUUGUAACAGCCAUGAAAUGGGGUAGAAAUAUCUUCGAUUGCAUCAGAAAGUUCCUUGUAUUUUAAGUAACUGUCAAUGUGGUUGCAGUAUCUAUGGCAUUCUUGGGAGGAGUCUUCUUAAAGGAGUCUCCCUUAACAAGUAUUCAAAUGUUGUGGGUUAAUCUUAUUAUGGAUACAUUGGCAUCUUUGGCAUUGGCCACUGAACCUCCCACUGAUGAAUUAUUGACACGUAAACCAUAUGGAAGAAAAGAACACAUGAUCACACCAGGAAUGUGGAGGAGUAUCAUAUGUCAAGCAGCAUUUUAACUCUUUGUUCUUUUGAUCGUUUUAUUCAGUGGAGACUCCAUUUUUGGUAUUGAAUCUAGUAGAGGACAUAGAUUGGAUGAAGAAUAUAAGUAUCUAUAAAACAUUAUCUUAUUUUAGCCCUGUCUAUCAAGAACAUUAUACUAUCUUCUUCCAUAUUUUUGUGUUCUUGUAAGUCUUCAAUGAAAUCAAUGCUAGAAAAUUGAAAAAGACUGAAUUGAAUGUAUUUGAUGGGUUCUUUAACAACUAUCUUUUCAUAUGCGUUAUUGUUGGAACUAUUAUUGUUCAAAUUCUUAUUGUGUAAAUUUUCAGCUUAUAAUCUCAUUAGUUAAUUUGGUGGAAAAGCAAUCAAAGUCACUCCCCUUGAUUUUGCCCAUCAUGUCGCUUGCAUUAUUAUUGGAAUGUGUAGUUUGGGUGUUGGAUACUGUAUUAAAUAAAUCCCUGAUCAAUACUUCUAAUCCAUUGAAUUAUUUAAGGAACAAGUUGCCCCUGAAGCUGAUCCUGAUACUAUAUAGGUAUAUUGAUCAAUCUAUCAUUUUUAAGGGUAAAAUAAAAAGACCUUCCACAUUCCUUAGAAAGAAGAGAGCCAUAGAAAAUAAAUAACCAAGGAAGGGUUCUUAAGAAAUAGAAAUGAAAGCUGGAACUAGUGGUUUUAAACAAUGA